GCAAGCGUUUAAGAAGUUACUGUAAAACUGGAGCAGCGUUUAAGAAGUUACCGUAAAACUGGAGCAGCAUUUAGGAAGUUACUGUAGAACUGGAGCAGCGGGGCAGUGGUUAGAGCGGUGGGAAACAUGGGGCCACCGCGCCCCUCUAAUGUGGCAGGGAGAUGAACGCAGCCAAACGGGUCCAAACCUAUCUAUAUACACACACGUGUGUGUGUAUAUAUGCAUAUGUGUAUAUGUAUGCAUAUAUAUGUAUGCGAAUACACAAACAGACCCUCACAACAACCGUUUGAUGUAGAAACACAGGAGCAAAGCCUCCUGAUCAUUCCAGAGAUCAUACCAGGAACAAAAAAAGGGCUGGGAAACCUGCCCCACAGAGGAGCUGUUGCGGAGACAGAACAGAUGAUAUCUCUGCAUCAACUUCUCGCCCUCUGCACAUCUGAACACAGACCCUGUCCCUCUCGUGUGGAAUCCGGAAGUAUUUGAGUUGCUUGUCAUAUCUGGCGCGUUGCAUUUUGGGAAGAUGGCGGCGCCCUGCGUGUAAGGCAAGGGGUGGCUGCCAGUUGUUCCUGAGCCCCACACUGGAGAGCUUCUAAACAAAAGCUUUCAUCGCACCUGCCAAGGCAAAGCAAUGAUGAAAGUUUUCUGUGGAAGAGCCAAUCCAACCACGGGAGCUGUGGAGUGGUUGGAAGAAGAUGAAAACUACGACUAUCACCAGGAAAUUGCAAGGUCAUGUUACGCAGACAUGCUGAAUGACAAAGACAGGAAUGUAAAGUACUUCCAAGGCAUUCGUGCUGCAGUGAGUCGAGUGAAAGCAAGAGGGGAAAAGGCAGUUAUCCUGGAUAUCGGCACAGGCACGGGGCUUUUGUCCAUGAUGGCUGUGACAGCGGGCGCCGAUUUCUGCUAUGCUGUUGAGGUUUUCAAACCAAUGGCAAAUGCAGCGAUGAAAAUUGUGGAGAAGAACGGCUUGAGUGAUAAGAUAAAGAUAAUCAACAAGCAUUCCACUGAAGUCACUGUUGGCCCUGAUGGAGAUAUGCCGUGCCGGGCAAAUAUCCUAAUAACAGAGCUCUUUGAUACUGAACUGAUUGGCGAGGGGGCUCUGCCCUCUUAUGAGCAUGCUCACAGACACCUUGUACAGGAGGGAUGUGAGGCCGUGCCCCAGAGGGCAAGGGUGUACGCUCAGCUGGUGGAGUCUGAACGAAUGUGGUCCUGGAACAAGCUGUUUCCCAUCCACAUCCAAACUGCAGAUGGUGAAAAGACCGUUGUUCCCUCGCCUGAAAUGGAAGACUGCCCUGGUUCUCCUUCCGUCUACGAUAUCCAGCUGAACCAGGUGCCCUUCAAAGACUUCACUGCUCUCACUGACGUUGUUACCAUGUUCAGUGUAGACUUCAGCAAGCAAGUAAGCCAAGCUCCUACCUGCUUCACAGUGGAGCUGGAGCCUAUCCGAUCUGGUCGAGCCCAAGUGGUCCUCUCCUGGUGGGACAUCGAUAUGGACCCUGAAGGGUCAAUCACGUGUACAAUGGCCCCCUACUGGGUGCAAGAGACUUACGAGGAUCUCUCGUGGAGAGAUCAUUGGAUGCAGUGUGUCUAUUUCCUUCCAAAGGAGGAACCUGUUCUCCAGGGUCAGAGUGUGAACCUGACUGCCUUUCGUGACGAUUACUCCAUAUGGUAUAAGCUUCAAAAAGUCCGAAGCAAAGAGGCUACAGCCGAGGUCGCCAUUGAGAGUCCUGUGUGUCGGUGCCAGGCCCACCUUCUGUGGAACAGGCCGCGGUUUGGAGAGCUGAAUGAUCAGGCCCGGACAGCCCAGUACUUGCGAGCUCUGAAGGAGGUUCUGAAGCCCAACAGCGUUUGCCUGUGCAUCAGUGAUGGCAGCUUGCUUCCUAUCUUGGCUUGCUACCUGGGAGCAGAACAGGUGUUUACCCUGGAGAGUUCCACAAUCUCCUGCUCGCUCAUGAAGAAAAUUUUUAAUGCCAACCACCUACAGGAUCAAAUUAAAAUCAUAGAGAAACAUCCAGAAUCGAUUAUCUCUUCUGAUCUGGGAGACAAAAAGGUAUCGCUGUUAGUCGGAGAGCCUUUUUUCUCCACCAGCUUACUGCCAUGGCACAAUCUAUACUUCUGGUAUGCCCGGUCUGCAGUGGCAAGCCACCUUACAAGCGACGUCACAAUCCUGCCCCAGUCUGCUUCACUGCAUAUGAUGAUCGUGGAGUUCAAGGACUUGUGGAGAAUACGCAGCCCAUGCGGCACCUGUGAGGGUUUUGAUGUUCAGAUUAUGGAUGAGAUGAUCAAGACUUCCUUAGACUUCAGGGAAUCCAGAGAAGCAGAGCCUCACCCACUGUGGGAAUACCCUUGCAAAUCACUGUCUGAUCCUCUGGAGGUCUUGACAUUUGACUUCAGAGAAACGGUGCCAGAGCGCUCCGUCGGGAAGGAGGGCACUGUAAAUCUGUUGAGGCCUGGCAAGAGUCAUGGAGCUGUUCUUUGGAUGGAAUAUAAUCUGACUUCCACUCUUUCGGUUAGCACAGGACUCGUGAAACUUUCAGAUGAAAAGGGCUACUGUCAGUGGGUUCCUCACUGCAAACAGGCCGUGUAUUUCUUGAGCACCGUUUCUGCGCCCGAGACUGUUGCCGACCACCUCUCUGCAGCUGCAUACUCGAUAAGCUUCAAUCCCAAGACUGGAGACGUUAUCAUGGAUUUUAAACUCUUAAGUUAAUGUGGCAUCUCUUCCACCGAAGAACCCCCUUCUCCUCCCCACCAAGAUACUAAUAAAUAUAUGGGGCACUGUUCUCCUGGGCUACUUUCCCCUUGAAAAGUGAGAACGAAACCCGAAGUGGCCUCUGAGCAGUUAUUGUGCUGUGUGCAGAUAUGCUGCUUGGUCAUGAGAAAACUGAAUCUCUGAAUUGCUCUGAAAAUAUCAGUAAAGUAUUAAUGUACACACCAGGCUUCCCAGCCAGGCCGGGGACUUACAUUCAGUGGUGGGAUUCAGCCGAUUCGCAGCGGUUCGGUAGAAUUGGUAGCUAAUUUUUUUCUAGUUUGGCAAACCGGUUGUAAUCCCACCACUGCGCCCCCCCCUCCCCCCGCCCAAUGAGCUGAGGGGGCGGCAGCAGCCAGCGGCAAGCCACUUGAGCUGAGGGGGCGGCAGCAGCCAGCGGCAAGCCACGAGCCUGCCGGCUGCUGCCGCCCCCCCCCCCCCGCCCGCCGCUGAACCAGCACCAGGUGUUAAAUUAUUUGAAUCCCACCACUGCUUAUAUUGGUUGGGUCCCAUGGAUCUUUCCUCUGGCGGAACAAACCUUUCCGAUUGCAGGAGGCUCAAAGGGAAAAGAAAUGAGAGACUCAGUAGCUAGUAGGUGGUGGUACCUUUUGCUGGAGGGAAGAGUCUCUGUUAGCAGAAUGGAUCUGCAGGAUCCAAUUGGCUGUCUAGUUUUUUAUUUGCCUUCUUGCUAGAUUAGCAAAGUCAGGCUCGUGCUAAUUGCUGGCUCAGAUGUUUGCAGCUGUUGCUCAACUUUCUGUUACAGGACUCUCUUCUUUCCUUUUCACCGUGACGGGUGAACAGAUGAACUUGGAGCAUGGAGUACUAGACCAGCGUUUUCCAUAUUUCUUUUUUACAUUUGUAUGUUGCUUUGUAGCCGAAGUUAUUACGCUGGCUUUCUGUAAAACGUUAAAACAAGUGAAACAGGAUGACAAUCAAAUGAAGUUCAGGCAAGAAAAUUGAUGAGCAGGUCAAUAAAAACAGUCCAGUAAACAGGCCUUUGGGGCAGGAUCAGAUUUAGAAUUCUGACAAGCUGUUAUGACCCCCCCCCCCGGUUUUCCCACCUUUUAACAGCAGGGGGCGCAGCAGACAAAGAAAACUGCAUUGGUUUUUUCCCUUGCUGUGGAGGAAUGCAGUUUCAUUUCCAGCUGGACUUUGUGAGGGAGGAAAGCGCAGAUAACUUUGUAAAAAGGGGAAGAUCUAACAGUGGAGGGCAGGUCUGGCAGAGGUGUCCUAGCUGGAUAUCCGGAACUUCAGCCUUCUCUUAUUGAGAAACUGCUGGUCACCAACAGUGCUAAGGAUGAGAUCACCUUUGCAAUGAAUGUCUCAUUGGAGGGAACUGCCCCCCCCCACCCCGUCUGACACCUCUCCCCAGGAGGCCUUUGUUGUUUUCCUUCUAUUUCUGCAUUCUGCUACUAGCUCCAUAGACAACUUCCCUCCCCCAAAGUGCAAAACACAAACCUCACCGUAUCCUGGGGAACCAAUCCUUUCACCUGGAGGUUUUGGGAGGGAAUGUUUGCAUAAUUGUCUCCUCUUUUUUGAAUGGUCCCAGACGACACCCCUCGUCUUUCUCAGGGAAUAAGCACGGCCAAGAUAGGAGCCUUGUGUCAGAUUUCAGCUCCUCUCCACUUCCCCUAAUUUGUAUUUGUGCUCAGAAUAAACUUGUGAACAUGG